AUGAGUGGUACAAUGGAAACCAAGUUAUUUAAAACGGUCUGUAAACGGGCUGCAUUAAUGCGUGCUCCCUAUGCUCAAUCAUCAUGGACCACCAACACCAGUCCAAUUAAGAAGAAAAAAUCAACAGCUCGAUGUAAAAAAUCAAUUAGUGUUGCAAACAACACAAAUAAAAAUAAUAAUAAAUUAUUAAAUAAAAAAGUAUACAUACAACGAUCAGCAAGUGUACCAAAUCGUCAAUUUAUUAUUAUUCUUACUAACAACCCUGAACUCUUACGACAAACCCGUCGAUUUCAACCUCAAAUACAACGAGAUACACAAAGACAAGCAAAUGCUGCAUCGAAUAGCAGAUCAACAAAUGGAGCAACAAAUAACAACAACAGCAAUAACAAUAAUCGUGAACAACUACUGGAAAAUUUAUUACGAGUAGAAUUAAGAGACGCCGCCAGUGGUUAUCUUACGCGUACUCGACGAUCAUUUCCACUAAAUUAUUUAUUUGAUAUGUCUGAUAUUGAUACAAACGAGCAACGAUAG